AUGCCUCAGGAAGCGCCCCAGGCGACUUCGUCGCACAUGAUGAAGACGACAAAACGCGGCAGACCCUUCCUCAAGGAUACGCUGGAUCUGUUUGCAACACUCGUUGUGUCCCUGGAGCUCAACACCAACAGGCAGUAUUUCCGCAGCUUCCCCAACUCCUUUACAACAGACGAUGCAGCACGGAACUUGGCGUCGCUCAAGUUCUCACAAUCGAACCGCGGACCUGAUCCCCGAGAACCCUCUCGUAUUGUCACGACCACGACGACUACGACUUUCUCAAUGACCCGCGAUAUGGCGAAGGCGAUGUGCCAGCAAUUCAUGGACGCACGGCUUAUCGAGAACGCGGCCGAUCCUGGCUCCAACCUCUUCAAGGAACGUGGUGUGUACGUGUUGACGCCGAAAGGCCUCCACGUUCUUGAACGGUUCAUGAGCAAGAACGGUAUCAACGGCGACCAUCUCGCACAUGUCUUCUCAUCACAACCCAUCUGCAUGAAGCUCCUCCAUCUCGAGCGACGGUCAGUCGACGACGAGAUCAUCGUCUCCCACUCCGCAAUCACCGCCCUCUUCCGCCGCUUCGUUGGGCGCCAGCCUAACUACCCACCAGAGUUCGUCGAGACCAUGGACGCCUUCCAGAAGUACCACGAGAGGUCCAAGGGCGUUGCGCUGAUGGACGUCGCGGAGAAGGGUGCUGGCAAGGCGUCGGUCAACAACAAGAACUGUUUCGCUGCGGUGACAGCUUUGGAGUGGCUGUGCGACUUCACGUCCGUCAUCGGCAGAGAGGAGGCGGCGGAGAUGGCUGCCCAGUUCGUGCGGUUUGGCCUCAUCAGCCUGGUCUCUGACAAGCGGAAGAACAACGAUUCCGCUAUCAUCUUCACCGUCAGGGGCGCUGCGGGUGGUGCGAACUCCUCCAUCGCGCAACACGGAGAGUUCCGUUGCACGGCGAAGGCUAUCUACAAGGUUACAGAUGAGGGUCGUCGACUCGCGCGAUGGGACAUGCCGGACGGCGUGCGAGCCUCUCCCAACAGCUCAGCAGCGAACGUUGGGGCCAACGCGCGCGCUUCGGAGGACCGUAGCGUCGACAACGUCACGACGGAGGGCCCUAACCUGAGCGACGCCAAGAUCCACCGCCGCAUCUCCAUGACCGAGAAGCUGAACGCGAGCUACGACGCAGAGAAGAAGGGGCAGAAGGAGUCGAACACGGACCGUCUCAGGUUCAUCAUGGAGGAGCCCCAGCUUCGGGUGCUCUUCCGGGACUUCUUGCGGAGUAACUUCUGCGAGGAGAACCUGUCGUUCUACCUCGACGUCCAGGACUUCAGAAAUCGUUCUCGACGACCUCCACUUGCCAUGGAGAGGCAUCACGAGGCCCUCAUCCAGAAGGCGUUCGUCAUCUACAACACGUACCUUGCUCCCUCCAGUCAGAGCGAGCUGAACAUCGACCACGGCCUUCGCAACGAGCUCUCGGCGUACCUCAGCGAGGUCAUCCAGAGCAUGACCGGCAAGUCGUUCCAGGGCCACGUCGACCUCGAGCAGGCGAACCACUUCAAUGCGACGCAAUUGCAGACGAUGAUUCGUCUGUAUGAGCGUAUCCAGACGCACGUUUUCCGGUUAAUGGCGACAGAUUCGGUGCCCAAGUUCAUCAAGACACCAAAAUUCCUGGCACUGAAGAUCAAGCUUGUAGAGGACGACGACGGCCCUCUUGCGGACUUUCCGCUGAUGGCCUCGAGCGCCUCGACGCCAUCGGUACCACCAGGGCUGUCCUCCGGAGAGGAGGAGAUUGGUGGAGCAUACGUCACGAUAUCACAAAGAGCGGCGGUUCAAGAUCGCACAGCAGGUGCUACUGAACAGCGAUGA